AUGAAGCCGGUCAAGAUAACACUGACCAGUUUACUACUCGUGUGUUUCCUUAGUGUGGUUUCUGGACAUGUUCUCAAUAUCACGGAGAAAAAUAUACACUCGUUAUUGGAUAAAAAGAAGUUUUUGUUGGUGUUAGUCACAAAAUCAAAGUGCACACCCUGUGGCCUAGUCUUUCCCAAGUUUUGGUCAGCCUCCCAGUCGUACGAACAGGAUGUGAUAUUUGGGCGCAUGCGUAGUAAGGCUCUAGCCUUGAAAUAUAAUGUUGAUGUCUUCCCUACCAUCGGGUACUUUGAGGCGGGGAAACAACAGUUCACAAAGUUUGAAGGCGAUAUCACAGUGGAUACCAUUGUGAAUCUUAUUUCCAAUAAAUUGGGCACAGAUUCUGAAGAUGUCAUCAAGGAGUACUCGACACGCCUGGACUCGUACAACUAUCACGAAAUCAUCUCCACUUGGGGACUGAAGGCUAUGAUUCUCCUAUAUGACAACAGUAAGUGGUCAAAUGACGACACUUUUGAAAAAUUCAAAGAACUAGCUCGGAUCUUCAGGAAUGAUGAUGAGGUGUCGUUUCUCCAUUUUGACGUACGAACAGAGCCCGAGCUUCGUAAACAGUUCGUGACUGUGGCUUUCCCAUCGUUGUUCUGGAUAGAAAAUGGUGAUAAGCAAGUGAAGAAGCGUUACGGAGGAUCCAUGCGGAAACUGGAGUUUAUGGGCUUUGUGGAAGACCGUACGGGCGUGUCCCGUUCCAAGGAUGGUUCACUUCCUUCCAAGGCAGGACGUAUUUCUGACUUCGAUAACCUCAUCGCAGAUAACAUCGAGGUCAUCAGGAAAGCCACUCAGAUGAGUGAACUACUGGUAGCAGCUAAAGAUAUCGCCAAGAAAUACGAAAUGAAUGAAUUUGCUGAUUAUUAUAUCUAUCUGCUGGAGUUUGUAGAACACCACGGAAAAGUGGACACGCUAGACGAGGAACGAAUGGCAGUUCUGAAGGCCCUUGCAUAUACUGACGAGGUGACCUUUCCGAAAACUGUGGAAUACUUCACCAAAAGGAAGAACAUUCUCAACCAGUUGGUGGAUGAACUCGGUAAGGCUGUUUUUAAGAAAAAUAAAUACCAGUCUGAAUUUGUCCAUGUCCAGGACAUCAAACCAAAGAAGGAGUACGUGAGGAAAAUGCCAUCAAUUGUCAGCGCAGACGAGGGAGACGAAGAGGAAAACGAUAGAGAUGUGGUGGAAAAACCAAAGAUUCAUCUUCACGAGGAAUUGUGA